GACCGCCCUCCUGGUGACGUAACCACUGAUUUGGCGUGCUCUAGCAGCUGCUUUCCCAUCUCCCGCUCCCGAAAUCUGGUGUUAUGGCUGCCGCCGUGCCCCGCGCCGUUUCUCUCUCCCGACUGCUUUCCGUUCUCCUCGGCCUCUUGCUACUCUUUGCUCCGCAUGGCGGCAGCGGCCUGCACACUAAGGGCGCCCUUCCCUUGGAUACAGUCACUUUCUACAAGGUCAUUCCCAAAAGCAAGUUUGUCUUGGUGAAGUUUGACACCCAGUACCCCUACGGUGAGAAGCAGGAUGAGUUCAAGCAUCUGGCUGAAAACUCGGCCUCCAGUGAUGAUCUCUUGGUGGCAGAGGUGGGGAUCUCAGACUAUGGGGACAAACUGAACAUGGAGCUGAGUGAGAAAUACAAGCUGGACAAAGACAACUAUCCAAUCUUUUACCUCUUCCGAGAUGGGGACUUUGAGAACCCAGUCCCAUACAGUGGGGCAAUAAAAGUGGGAGCCAUUCAACGUUGGCUAAAGGGACAAGGAGUCUACCUGGGUAUGCCUGGUUGCCUGCCUGCUUAUGAUGCCCUGGCAGGGGAGUUCAUCAAGGCCUCCAAUGUGGAGGCACGCCAGGCCCUCUUGAAACAGGGGCAGGACAACCUCUCAAGUGUGAAGGAGACUGAGAAGAAGUGGGCAGAGCAGUACCUGAAGAUUAUGGGGAAGAUCUUAGACCAAGGUGAGGACUUCCCAGCCUCAGAGAUGACCCGGAUCACCAAGCUGAUUGAGAAGAACAAGAUGAGUGAUGGGAAGAAGGAAGGGCUUCAGAAGAGUUUAAACAUCCUGACUGCUUUCCAGAAGAAGGGAGCUGAGAAGGAGGAGUUGUGAAAAGGCACUCAGGUUUUUCAGGGUUUGCUGGGGGCAGGGAGGCUGUGACCCUUGUGGGAUAUAAAGGGGUGGUGGAAAAAAGUGGUCCUGAACCAGAAAUCUGAGCCUUGAGUACACCUGGACAUUCAUGCUGCUGCCACCAUGCUUGGGACAUCUCUAGAGCCACUGUAGGGAGAGCCUGAAUGCUCACUGACAGCUAGCAAAAUGCCCCUCAAAGACUCAGUGCUACAGAGGAGGGUGCUGCCAGGGCCUUGACAGAUUCUGAUCAAAUAAAAGUUUCAGUGUUUUGGUUAAAUGCAUCAGAA